UCACGUCUCCUUUUAAUGAUAUUUGCUGACAGUAGAUGUCGCUCCUGCACCCUGACUUUGCCAUUGUUUAGCUGUCCACGUCCCCGUGUAUUAUUGCGCGCCUUGAAUGUGUCAGGGGGGGAAAGGAGGAAAACUUCUGUAAAAAUGGCGGAGGGUACAACGUCUCUGAAAGGGAUGCGAGCCCAAAUGGCUGCAGCUGCACAGGCGCAGGCCGAGGAACGUCGCAGCAUAGCAGGAACCAGCCCAGGGCCUGCAGCCGCAACCACAGCCAGCACAGCCAGCACAGCCAUAUCAGCCAAGAGUCCAGGAGCACGACCAGUCAUUGAUGGAGCUGCUUUAAAGAUUGACGAUAAACUCAGAGUGGCAAAAGAACGACGUGAGGAGCAGGAUAAACAACAGGCGGCGCGUGGCUCUGAGAUCCUAGAGCGGGAGCGCAAGUCGAAGCUUCAGGUAGAGCGUCAGAUGGAGGAGCGGCAGCGGAAACUGGAGGAGCAGCGGCGGAAGGAGGAGCAGAGGAGGACCGCCGUAGAGGAGAAGAGGAAGCUGAAGCAGGAGGAGGAGAAGGAGCGCUAUGAAGCGGUGAUGCGUCGGACACAGGAGCGCAGCCAGAGGGCAGAGCAGAGACAGAAGCGCUGGUCCUGGGGCGGCCUGUCGGACUCCGACCACAGAACCGGUGAGAGCGAUGCAGGUUCCUCGUCUUCCCCGGUAGCCAUAGUAAUCUGCCCCGCCUCUCCAGCCAAGCCUCGCGGGACAUCGCAAGUGGACAGACGGUCCACCUCCUCCCUGAACCUCAAACAGCCAGGCGAGGCGGUGAUCAGCAAGCGCCUCUCCUCCUCCUCCGCCACCCUCGUCCACUCCCCUGACAAAACCCGCCGCGGCCUGGCCAGCCCCGUGGACAGUGCUGUUCUCAGCCGCCUGCUCACCCCCACCCAGGCCUCACUCGCUAGGAGCAAGAGCGCCACCGGCAUCUCCACCCAGGGAGCAGACGCCCCAGAGUCUUACAUGCUGUGUCCUCGCUCAGCCUCGGCCACUCCCACCGCCGGGCGCACCCAGCCGGUCCGCAGCCGCAGCAGUGACCGCCGCAACGGCAUGCCCACCUCCGCCUCUGCCCACGCCGCACUGGACAGUGGUGCCACGCAGAAAGCCGAGAAGCGCUUCUCAUCUCCAGGAGGGAGCCGCCCGGCCUCUCCCUCCACGGGCAGUGGCCGCCCAGCCUCUCCCUCCACUGGCAGUGGUCGCCCAGCCUCUCCCUCCGCUGCCAGUGGCCGCCCAGCCUCUCCCUCCACUGCCAGUGGCCGCCAUCGCUCCCCCUCCCCUGCCCCCCUCAACACCAGCACCAACAAGAGAACCCCUUCUCCAGGCGCUGCCAGGCAGAGUCCACGUCACCGCCCCCCGUCCCCCUCAGGGCUGAAGCAGCGCCCCCCCUCCCCCCAGCCGCAGACCGCCUCCAAGCCCCCGCCCAUCCAGAGGCCGGCCCUCACCCCCACCGGGCCGCCUACCCUCCGCAAGAGGGACUCCAAACCCAAAGACAUGUCCCCCCUGCAGCCGCUCAUGCCCAUGUCUCCAGACCCCAACGCCCAGGCCAGUCCGGCAGCCGCCGCCACCACCACCACCACCAAGCCCAACGCCCAGGCCAGUCCGGCCGCUGCCGCCACCACCACCACCACCACCACCACCAAGCCCAACGCCCAGGCCAGUCCGGCCGCUUCCUCCACCACCAGCACCACCUCCAAGCCCAAAGAGGACGCCAGCUCCAAAGCCGCGGCUGGAACCACGUCUGCCUCCGAGGCCGCCAAGAUCCUGGCCGAGAACCGCCGUCUGGCCCGAGAGCAGAAGGAGAGAGAGGAGCAGCUGCGCGUGCAGAGAGAGGAGGAAGAGAGGUUGAGGAAGGAGGAGGAGGUGCGCUUGGCCGAGGAGGCGAGAGUGAGGCGCCAGGAGGAGGAGAAGACACUGGCGGAGGAGAGGAAGAAACAGGAGGAGGAAGACGCAGAGAAGGCCGAGGAGGAUCGAGAGAAGCAGAAGCUGGAGGAGGAGCAGAGGCAGGUUGAGCUGCAGAAGGAGCGUGAGGAGGCUGAGGCACGCGCCGCGGAAGAAGCGGAGAAACAGCGCCUGGAGCGAGAACGCAUCGUCCAGAAGAAUCAACAGGAGCGCAUGGAGAGGAAGAAGAGAAUUGAGGAGAUUAUGAAGAGAACCAGAAAAACAGACCAAAAUGACUUCAAGAGAGAUGACGAACAGGAGAUGAAUGGAGAUGACAAUGACGACCAAGCUAACUGUGAACCCAAGGAGGAGAGUCCUGACGAACCAGAAGACACGGACAUGGAGUCCAAUCUAUUGGAAACCCAGGAGGAGGAGGAGGAGGAAGAGGAGGAGGAGGAGGCUCUUCCUUCAGCGGAGCCCAUGCCUCAGAGGGAGGAGCCCCUGGGCUGUGUGAACGGGCAGGCUGAGGUGGACAAGGAGAACAGCAACGGCUCCUGCAUGGAGCAGCCCCCUGCUGACAGUUGUCCUCCGUCCAAGAGCCGGCUGGUGGAGGGCUCCGAGUUCGUGAACGAGGACGCCAAAGUGGGCCUGGCGCCCGGGGUCAACGGGAAGUCCGGGCCCUGGAGCUUCGAGGAGCUCAUCGACCUCAACGUCCACGGCAAGGGCCGGCCGCUGAUGGAGGCCGAGGCCUGCAACCAGGGCCUGAUCGCGUGUGAGACGGGGGUCCCCGAGGGCCCGCGUGUGGCCUUCGAGGAGAAGACGCCCGUCAGCUCCCUCCACCCCAGCCAGCCUAUAGAGGCCCUAUCUGAGAUGUGAGGAACGGAUCCUUGUCAUAUAUUCAUAUAAAUAUAUAUAUACAUAUUUGUUUAUUUUUUUGCACUCUGUGAGUUGUUGUCCAGUUGAGCUUGAGAGCAGAGACCCCCCCCCCCCCCCGGUCUCCCACCAACCCGACGCAGAGCAGUGGGACACGGCCCUCAACUCUUCACAAAACAGAUGACAU